AUGAAAUUGCUGGACUCUCUUUUUGGUGGUUUGAACCGUAAUUCUAGUUCCAACAAUCCAUUCAUGCAGCAUAUGAUGUCUAUCAAGGAUGAAAUUCAGAAUUAUGUUCAAGCUUUUCUUCCUGAUCUGCAGGUUCUAUUAAAUUUACUUUCAUCUAUAGAUGCCAGUUCUGAAGCCUGGAACUCAACAUUGAAGAGAAAUGCAUGCCAUGAUGAAGAGAACAGAAGUAGUAGAAAGAAGUUAAAAAUGGACACUUCAGUGAGUGGUGAUAUAGAUAUAGUAGUUGCUGGGAUAAGUUCUACUCCUGAUAUUGAUUUGAAUGACAACAGUGAAACAGUUGACGGUGGAGUAAGAGCAGAUACUUUGGAUGAUGAAGAGUAUCUCAUGAAUAGCAUAGGAGAAAUUUGGGGUGUGGACCUCCAUUCCUUGGAUAUUAACACAUGGACAGAUGUGGAAUCGUACUUACUGUCUAAACUGCUUGAUGCUCUCAGAUAUUAUAGGCGUGCUCUGCCUUUCACUUUGGAUAAUUCGUUUGAAACUUUCAAGGGUCUUCUCAAAAGCCCGUUGGAAUUAACUAGUCAUCUGCAGGUCUCAGUGUUGUCUCUGCUUGUGGAAUACAUUGAAUGGUGUCCCGACAAUGAAAUUCCUAUAAGAACACCAACCAUGUUGUACAGAUACCUACAACCAUUCAUUAAAUUGUUAAUGUUUUCACCAUACAAUGAAACAAGAGAUCUGGCAUACAGGUUGGCCUUGGCAGCUAUGUUCAGUACUGGUGCUUUUGACGGGAACCUUCAUGAGAUUGAAGCAUGGUUUUUAUUUUUACCUGGUUAUCAUGGAAAGAAACCCCGUGUGAAAGUAUCUGAGUUUGAUGCAUUACAGAGUUUAACUUUGUUUGUCAUAUCUUUCUUGUGUGAUGCUGUUUCUACACUUGGGAAUAAUUUAGUUAAAUAUUGGAAUAUUCUGAAGAGUCAUGCUGAUUGUUUGAAAGGCAGUAAAGAUUUAUCACCUCAUUUUAGCCCCUUUAUCAUAUGUGUGGUGGAGAAGUGUCUAAAGGUGGUUCAAUCUAAAUCAGGCUCCUGCUCGUUGCCUAAAAAAUCUAUGGUCAAUGCUGAAUUGUUAUCUGCUUUAGUUCAUGCAGACUUGAUAGAGAGACUUGGUGGCAAUUAUGAAUGUGAUGAAGUCUUUCCUGAGUGGAAGCCACUGAAGGAUUUAUUGGACUUUGUGGAGAGCAUAUUACACCAACGGAAUUAUUGCAUCUCCUCUAAAAAUGAAGAAUCCCUCUGUCCUGAUAGUUCUCUGGGUAGUGCACUAGGUAGUCUAAAUAGAUUGUUGAAUUCUGGGUCUGAUCAUGCGAUUGCAGAAACAACCAUAGCUUUAGUAUCCUCUAUUAUAUUGGACGGUACUGGUAAAAUGUUGACAAAUUUGCCAUCUUGUGUGGUCAUUCCAUGUGACUUGGUUGGAGUUCCUUUCUCGCUCUUAUUAUCUGUACUUUUUCUUGAUUAUAGUGUUCUUCACCACACUUCAAAGUUGUGGCCUGUAAUGUUUUAUGCUGGUUUGGAUAUGGCCAUGUCAGAUCUUGGUAUUGGUAGUCAACAUGCUGCUCCUGUUGGGAAUUCUGAUCACAGAUUGUAUCCAGAUUCUUUAACUUGUACCCAACUUUUAAAUGCUUCUGAAGCUGAUGCUGUUACAUUUAGUAUCUUUCUAAAACAGGCACCUUUCCAUGUGAUAUUUCCUGCAAUGAUGUGUAUGAAUGGUCCUUACAUAUCAAAGCUAUCUAAAGUACAAGAGCUUUUACUACAUAAAUUAUCUGAGUCCGUAAAUGAUUGCUUGCUCCUUCCUAAUCUGCGACUUGUGCUCUUCUGGACUCAUAGGAUUCAGUUAUGUUAUGAAGUUAACCCAAUGGCUGAAAUCAAACAACUUCUGAAUCUGUGUGUUACUCUUGUUGGGAACUUGUUAGUGCAGUUAUUGGUCCCAGAAAGUUGUUCUGAUUGCUCUAUAAACUCUUCCUUUUGUUCAACAAGACAUACCAUUAAAGAAGUGAUUAAAACAAUUUUUUGCCAUCCUUGUGUUUUGAUGUCAUUAUCGUUUUCUCUGGGAAAUUAUCAGAACAUUGCAAAUGAAAAUGUAGACAAUGAUUUCAAUAUGCUAAAUAUAGUAUCCGGUGAGGGGUUUCACAAAUUUGGUAAUCCAAUUUUACAGAUAUUAAAAAUGACUCUAGAUCACAUGUGGUCUUUAUUUGGUUCCCACCAUUGGGCAUCUACAGCUGAAGGUGUUGCUUGUUUAUUUGUGAAGGAUUUUGAAGGUCUUCAACAAAAACUAUUUCUGGAUGCCAGAGACAGAUUUGAACUGUGCAUUCAAACUAAAGAUGUGAUACCUCUCCUUCCAACAUUGUAUACUUUACAUACUUUGCAUAAGUUUUUAUCCCCAUUUGAGCUCCUUCAGUCAGUGGAUUGGAUGUUCAGUAGAGUUGAGGUGGAUGAUUUGCCAAUUAAGAAAUCCUUGCUAUCUGUUGGAUGUUCCCUAGCUGCUGAUGCUUUCAGUGCUUUAUCCAUUUAUUUUCAGCAGUCAACUGAAAACAGGGCACCUUAUGAUUUGUUUUGGGAGAUGGAUGUGAAGAAUAUGAAUGCUCAUAUUUUUGAGCAGAUUUACAGCAAGGUAGUUGACUUUUCUGUGUGUUUUGAAGUAGAUAGUGCAGAUCGAUGCUUGCUUGAAGCUGUCAAUGCCUUGUAUAAGCAGAAACAUAUGCAACAAGAAACUUUUCAUCCUUUGCUGUUGAUCAUGUGGAAAAUUAUAAUGGUUACUCCAUUGGAAAUGCUUUCCCAUUGUAUUUACAAGACAAAUGCUAAGAAAGCUUUAUUUUUGCAUAUUCUUACUGAAUUGAGUUCCCUGCAUUCAUCUAUCUUUGGGCAUUUAUUUUUGGGUACAGUGAAUAGAAGUUUUCAUAAUGAUAUUGGUGUGAUGGACCACACCUCUGAUCUCACUCUCUCUGAAGAUCAGUUUAUACUGCUUCUACCAGCCUCUUUGUCAUACUUGAGCUCAAUUUCUAAGAGACUUGGGGAGCAGAGUCUCAAAGAUUUUGAACCUAUACCUUACUAUUAUUCACAAAUUCUCUUAAAAGGUUUCAGCCGGUGGAAGAGCUUUUCGUCGAAAGAUAUAUUUGAGGAGCAAUAUGAGGAAGUCUUUCCAUCAUCUGAUCAAGAGCUUCUCUGUCUUAUUGAUCGAAGUCUUCUUGGAAAAUCAAUUCAUAUGUUGAAGUAUCACUUUGCUCUUAGUGGGGAUUCAAUGAAACUGAAAAAGAGAUUAAAUCUAUUUAAGUCCAUUUGCCCAAAGUUUGCUUUACAUGAUGAUCUUAUGGACUGUGAGACUGGAGUUAUUGAUAGUUAUUCUCCAUGUCAGUCUUUGAACAUCAUCAAUCGUGUUGUUGCAAAGAUAACACUUUGUAGAAUAUUAUUGUUUCAUGAAGAAGCAGGUGGGGGUUUGAAAGAUUUGUCUGUAAAAAUGCAAAGCAAAAUGGGUAGAUCUAGGAUACGUUUCCUAAAUAUUUUGGUGGACAUUUGGCAGUUUAUUGUGAAGAAAUUUUCAUUAGCCUUUGAUCAAUCUAGAACUGCCAAAGGCACAAAUAUUUCAUUGCUAUAUAAUCACAUGGAAGGGGUUUUGUUGCAGAGUAUUCUUGAAUUGGUUGGGGAAAUGCAAAAUGAUCUUAUUCAGUUGCAAUCAAUUUCCUUCCUCGAGCAAUUAAUCAGAUCUGCUCUUCUCUAUAGGUUUGGUGAUUUUACAACAAUGAAAACUCUCCGGGUUAUAUUAUCACAGCUUAGUGAGGGAAGACUGUCAUAUGAUUUAUAUCUUCAGUUGUUGCUUGCUCAUUCUCAGUUUGCCCCCACUCUCCAUUCAGUGCACAAACCAGCAGGUUCCUUUUUGAAGCCAGUAUCCAGCAUUCUGAAAUGUCUUGUGAUUCCUUCUCUUGGACAUGGUGAAAGUGACGUGAAGCAGACAGGGCAAACAACUGUGCUUUCUAGUGGAACAUUGGAAAUUGUUAAAAUGCUUUGGAUACUCCUAUGGAUAAAAGCUCGCCAAACUGAUUCAGAUAAUGGAAAUGAUAGUGACAUAAAUCUAAGAGAACUGCAUGCACUGCUUCGUCAUUCCUAUGGUGCAACAGUCAACUGGUUAGAUAUAACAAUAUACAAUCUUAUGCAACAAAUUGAGUCUAUGAGUUGCCUGUGGUCUCAGAAUGUCAAGUUAGAUUCAGAAACAAUUGAAGAAUGGUACAUAAGCCAUCAUAGAGACAACUUUCCGAUUGACCCUGACAUAUGCGUGUCAACAGUCCUCUAUUUUCCCUUUGAUAGAAGUAUCUCCGAUGGGCUACCAUCUGCAAACAAGAAUGAACCAGCCACUGACAGGAAAAAGAUACAUUCUCCUCAUGUUGAAGACAGAGAACGAUAUGAUCCUGCAUUUAUAUUGCGAUUUUCAAUUCAUAGUCUCUCAAAGGCUUAUGUAGAGCCUGUGGAGUUUGCUGGGUCAGGGUUGCUGGCAAUAGCAUUUGUUAGCAUGUCUUCCCCAAACAGUGGGAUAAGAAGAUUAGCCUAUGGCACUCUUGAUAAAUUUAAGAAUGCGUUGGAGGUUGUUUGGCAUGAUUUCAAAUGUUUUGGCAAGAACAAGGAUGCCAAAUAUUUGUCCCCUUUUUAUAAGUGCCAAAAGAGGAAGGAUGUAAUGGGACUUCGACUUCUAUUAAAUUCUGUUCAAAAUAGUAUAGAGGAGCCAUGGAAAAGAAUCCCAUCAGUUAUUGCUUUAUUUGCUGCCGAGGCAUCUUGUGUAUUGUUAGAUCCAACACAUGAUCAUUAUGCUGCUAUAAGUACAUUUUUAAUACACUCUUCUAAGUUGAAUAUGAGGGUUAUACCUAUGUUUGAUAACUUUUUUUGGAGUACCUCUGUCAAUUUUAAAGCAGAGAGGUCUUGGAUCCUUCGGCUAGUAUAUGCAGGGCUGAACUCAGAUGAUGAUGCCAUGAUAUAUAUCAGGAACUCUAUCCUUGAGAAGCUAAUGAGCUUUUAUGUCUCUCCACUUUCUGAUUUUGAGUCAAAGAACCUGAUUAUUGAGCUUGUCCAAUGUUCAUCUUUUGAGCUUCUUAGGUGCUUCUCCUUUAAGAAAUGGGCAUUCACGGGUGAUAAAGCAAUCUUUAGGGGACAAAGGCUUGAUGGAGAUGAGAAUAAAAUUUUCUUGAAACAUGUGUUGGUAGCAUUGAAGUGCGACUGGACUUCUCCUUUCCAAGCCAGAGCUCUACCUCUCGUGACUAUUGUUGCGAUGGGUUCUGCUGUUUCUGUUACAGAUGGGUUGUUGUUAUUGCAUUUGGGACUGGACUUCUCCUUUGCAGAUGUUGUCAAUGAUGUUAUUUCAUCUGGAAACAUGUCUAAGUGGUUGCAAAAUAAUGGUCUUGAUCCGCUCAUGGAGCUUUCGGCCAAUCUAUUUAAUUUCUUACACCGUGAUGCAACAUUGUCAAAUGAAACUGUUGUACUAGUUAAUCCUUUUCUACAAAUGGUAGCUUCAACGUUGAAAGUAUCUCAAAGAAGAAAAAUAUAUCAGCCACAUUUUACCCUAUCAAUUGAAGGCUUGUAUCAGAUGUACCAGGCUGGCAGUGUGUAUAAUGAAGCCAAAGAAAGCAUUAAACCGGAGCUUGCUCUUGAAGCCAUACUUAUGAAUGAACCUCUUAUUUCCAUUUUCUCUAUGAAUCAGGAAAGACUUCAAAGCUUUCUUAUCUGGGCAACUACAACUGCUUUUCAGUUCAGAAAUAGUUUUAGGGAAGAGUUUGGUGAGAACUCUGUAGUUUCAACAUUUCUACGCUGGUUAACAGCAUCAGUAAUAAUUGGGAAGCUCCAUAAAAAACAUUCUAAUAGGGAUUCAGGAUUCGCUGAAACACACAACUUUGAAUCCCUGAAUUCUUUACUGGUGCAUGUUGAAAAUACCUACGGGCAAAGAAAUGAUAUUGAUAUUGGUGCUGAGGAAUUACUAGCGUCAACAAUUUUCCAUCUGCAAUUGCGUCUUGGUGUCAAUCAUCAAGUGUUACCAUCAGUUGUAUGUGCUCUCUGUCUCCUGAUUUUUGGUCCCUCUAAUUUUGCAGUUGGCAAAACUGAUUUAUUGCAAGACUACGUCAGUUUAAUAUCGUCACAUAGUUCAAGGGUACCGUGUCCUCCUGAAGCUAAUCCAACUUGGAGAUGGUCGUUUUAUCAGCCAUGGAAGGAUCAUUCACUGGAGCUCACUGAUUCACAGAAGAUGGAGGAAUAUCAUGCUUGCUUAACUUUGUUAGUGGUUAUCUCUAAUGUUCUUGGUGGAAGGAAAUUAGAGUCGGCUAGUUUAUCCCCUGUGGAUUUGGAGACAUGUGGCUUAUUCCAAUGGGAAAAAGGUUUACUAAGAAACUGA